AUGGCUUUGGCUCUAGAGGUAGCAUGGGCUCGGCUGAAGAGCGUCUGCAAGCAGAAUGGACUGCUCAUCCUGUCCGUGCUGGCCGUUGUUGUCGGAUGCCUGCUGGGCUUUUUCCUGCGCGCAAAGCACCUCUCUGAGCAGGAGGUGAAAUAUUUUCAGUUCCCAGGAGAGCUACUUAUGAGGAUGCUGAAGAUGCUCAUACUGCCCCUCAUCGUGUCCAGUCUGAUGUCUGGCCUUGCAGCCCUGGAUGCCAAGUGCUCGAGCAAGCUGGGCAUCAUGACCGUUUCCUACUACUUGUCGACCACCUUCUUAGCGGUGGUGGUGGGCAUUGUCAUGGUGUCUGUGAUCCACCCGGGGGGCGUGGCUCAGAAGGAAGAUGCGGAAAGCAGCAGGAAGCCCAUUAUGACCUCUGCUGAUGCGCUGCUUGACCUCAUCCGUAACAUGUUUCCAGAAAACUUGGUACAAGCAGCUUUUCAGCAGUAUCGCACCCGAAUCGUACCCACGCUGAAGACGCCCAGGCCCACUGCCAGCCACAGUCCUGCAGAGCCUGACCCUCAACGGAUCUUCGUCUAUAACAUCCAGGCUGCCAACAGCACCGACGUACAGAGCUUUUCCCUGGACCUAACGCCGGCACCCGACAUCAUCUUCCGCACAUUCCCGGGCACCAGUGAGGGCACCAAUGUGCUGGGGCUCGUCAUCUUCUCGUCCAUUAUGGGCAUAAUGCUCAGCAGAAUGGGCGCCAACGGCAGUGCUUUGGUGAACUUCUGCCAGAGCUUGAAUGAAGCUGUCCUGAAGAUUGUCGCCAUAGUUAUCUGGUACUUCCCCUUUGGCAUCGUGUUCCUGGUGGCAGGAAAGAUCCUGGAAAUGGACGACCCCUCUGCCGUGGGUAAGAAGCUGGGCUUCUAUGCCAUCACGGUGGUCAUGGGACUGGUGCUGCACGGCCUCAUCAUCCUGCCCUCCCUCUACUUCCUCAUCACCAAGAAGAGCCCUGUCGUCUACAUCCGUGGCAUCCUGCAGGCCUUGCUCAUCUCUCUGGCCACAUCAUCUAGCUCUGCCACGCUGCCGAUCACCUUUAAGUGCCUCCUGGAGAACAACCACAUCGACCGGCGGAUCAUCCGCUUCGUGCUGCCUGUGGGCGCCACCAUCAACAUGGACGGCACGGCGCUGUACGAGGCCGUGGCUGCCAUCUUCAUCGCCCAAGUCAACAGCUAUGAGCUGGACUUUGGGCAGAUCAUCACCAUAAGCAUCACAGCCACCGCAGCUAGCAUUGGUGCUGCAGGGAUUCCACAAGCUGGACUUGUGACCAUGGUGAUUGUCCUAACAUCUGUAGGACUCCCAACUGAUGAUAUCACUCUCAUUGUUGCAGUAGACUGGGCUCUGGACAGGUUUCGCACCAUGGUUAACGUCAUGGGCGACGCUCUGGCCACUGGAAUAAUGGCGCACGUGUGCAGAAAAGACUUCAUCAAAGAAGAAGAAGAGACUCCACUGAUCAGUGAGACCAAGCCCAUCAACAGCAUCCAGAAGAACGGGCACUUACAGACCCCCCUGCUGGGCAUAUCGAGUCACAUCUCCCCAGAGGUGGCACGCCUCAUCCAGCUGGAGGAGGGGGUGCGGCCCAUGGAAAAGAACAAAUCCCCAUUGGAUGGGAGGGACAACAGGGACUACUGCUGUAUCGACAUGGAUGACUUGGAGACCAAUGUGUGA